AUGCCUCUCUAUAACGAGCUUCCUGAAGGUCUCAUAGACUUCGACAUCAUCAUCGCUGGAGGUGGAACAGCAGGGUGCGUCGUCGCUGGCAGACUUACUACAGCAGAUCCAAAUUUGGAGAUACUCGUUAUCGAAGGAGGCCCAAACAACUUCCAUGAUCCCAGAAUUGUGAAUCCAGGGGUUGCACUCCACAACAUCUUCCCCGGCAGCACAACGGCAAGGUUCUGGCAAGGGGAGAAGUCCGAGCAUCUGGCUGGCAGAGCGCCCGUAGUUCAGAGUGGUGGUAUUUUGGGCGGAGGUUCAUCUAUCAAUUACAUGAUGUAG